CCACACUAUUCCUGUCAUACUUUACAUUUAAUAGGAUAUAGCUCUCUCCUUAGCAGGAUUUAUUAGUUUUGUUUCAUAUACGAUACAGAAAUAUAACAUAAUGAAAAUAGUGAUUUGUUUUCUUAUAUUUUUAUCAUCCUUGUUUCAAUAUACAGCAGGUAUUGAAUGUUAUGAAUGUGCUGAUUGUACCAUUCCGUUUAGCAGUUACUUCGCUAAUAAGAUAAACUGUGAUAGUUCCUCCUGUAUGAAAAUGAAUAUCACAACAAAAUUCAACAAAAUGGCAAUAGUAUCUCGUGGAUGCAGCACGGUUGGAUUUCAAGCAGAGAGAUGUGAAUAUAUACAUGUUUCUGGAACCACGAGCGAGAUUUGUUAUUGCAAUGACGAUGAAUGCAACAAAGCGGAUUCUACUAAAAUGACAUUAACAAUAUUGUUUGCAUUUUUUUCUUCUUCAUUGUUGUUAUAACUUUUGUGUCAGGAACAUCAUAAAUAGUGUUUUUACGUAAAUGCAGUGAAGUCUUGAUCAGUGUCAGUGUAAUAUAAUGAAAUGUCAAGAAGUUUGAAUAUAAAUGUUUAUGAUUAUAA